AUGCCUACUCAAGGAUUACGGACGAUUAUAGUCCUCUCGUUUAUCCUGGCCAUUGGUUUCCUGCUAGUCAUUCUAUCAGCAGCUAUAUGGGGGAAAUAUCACCCUCUACUAGUCGUCGCGACAUACGUCGUUGCGCCGUUGCCGAAUUGGAUAUGCAGCCACUGUGGGAAUCCGGAUGAUUUCAUUGAGAGCUCUGGAAAUGCUAUUGUAGACUUUGGGCGAUUCUUGACGGGUUUCUUGGUUCUUAUGGGUAUAGCACUCCCUACAGUCCUAGCUCACUGCGGCUAUAUCGGGUACCCUGCCAUGAUCAUGUCGAUUUUGGGAGGUCUCUUGAUCUACGGUACCAUCAUCAGCUUCAGUACAUUUUUCCAGGAGCAGGAGGAAUUUUAUUUGGUCAAUCCGGCUCUGAUCCCUCUAUAUGCGCGAGCAGGUCCCAGUGUUGAACUACAUUCUACCACCAAGGAAACGUCGGAAUGGUUGAAAUCAAGGUUACUCGGCGGUGUAUGGGUCGAUGAAGACGACGGCGCAAUCUUUGAGCGUUUUACUACGAUUCAAUGCCCAGUGGGCUUCUUAGUCAGCGUGACUACCAGUCAAAAUUACGCAUCGGCCGCGAACAAUGUGUCGGAUCUCCUUAUAUAUGGCAUAUUAUCAUCUAGUCACGAUGAGUCUAGGAUUCGACCGCCUUCACCACCCGACUCUUUGUCUCUUACCGGAGAGAAUGGAUUAAUUAUCAAGAGGGAGCUACGAAUAUACGCCGCCCCGUUAGCAACAUCUUAUGCACAAAAGGUGCAGGAUAUACCUUCACCACCCGCGAGUACAGCUGGAGAUGAUCCCAGCCACAACAAAGAUGAAACCUUUGCAAACUUUCUACCAGAUUUGCGCUCGCCCAGUCCUAAGCGCAAACGGAUAUUGUCUCUUUUUGAGGGAGCGGCGCAGCAUCAUCGCCGUGUCCGGCAGCGGGAGAUGAUACCUCAAUUAUCCUCGAUGAAGAUCAAGAAGGAGACAGAUGAGCUCGGUAGUCCUAUCCUGGGACAAAUAGAUCUUCGUAGGGCUCGCUCGCUCUCUCUAGGUGGGACUCAAUUGAGCAAACUCAGCGAAAGCGCGGGUGUUGGCGAUAAAAGACCCGGCUCAUCGAAGGGAAUGGCCAAUCGCCGAGAUUCCAAAUCAAGACCGAACCUGUCUCACGUAUCUAGCAAUAUUGAGACUGCGCGGAGUCAAUCCGUUGUACCGUCUCCGACCAUUGACUUUGUGAAACCGGCGCCACCGAAGGAUGUCCCUGAGCCGCAAUUAUCAUCACCGACAGACGGAGAAACGCUCGUGACACGAAACAAGGAUUUGAUCACCCGCACAAUAUUGACUUGUAUGCGUCUAUAUGGUUACAAUCGCAAAGCGAACCGCUCGAAGUCUCUAGCAGUUGGCAUUGGGGAACCAAGUCAUGAACCAGAUGCUUAUCAGCGUGAAAAUAGCAUGAUGCCGGAAUAUCCUAGCAUUUCCGUUCCUGAGGAGGAUGAUUUUAAAGCUAUGUAUCACGCUACAUAUAGAGCGGCGACGUUUGCUCUGCGGCAUCACUUGAAGAUGACGGCUGGCGAAAAACUACCCCCUGCUCUGUCCAAGGAUACCGCGACUAAUGUGAUUGACGGGAUAUUAAAGCUGUUUUGUGAUGAUUCGCUGAAGCCAAGUGUUGCAAGUGGUCCUCUGUGA